AGUCCGCUUCAGUCAGAUCGUCAGCUUCAAGGUUGUUUCUGCACAAGUUUGAAGAUGCCUUCGUUCAAGAGACGUCUCACACGAAGGUUAUUGGACGUGUCGCUGUUUCUGAAGCGCGGUUUGUCCCUCUUUACUCGCCGUGAUCAGCUGCUGUGUGCGGGUGAAAGGUCACACCGCUACAGCAGACAAGAUGGAUGUCAACCAAGCGAAACAAGAGCAUCUUCUCGCUUUAAAAGCCCGAUGACCCCACCAUCUCUGCAUGCCUUCUGCACAUCUCUUCCUGAAUGAAGGAACAUCACCUCCAGCUCAACCUUACCAAGACAGAAGUCCUUCUAAUACCGGCCAACUCAUCCAUUGAACAUCACUUCACAGCAUUCAGCUUGGAUCUUCAACUCUUACACCUACCAAUCACUAGGAUGAUCUCCCAGGUCACUCCCUCUCUGUACCUGAGUGGAGUGGAGGCCCUGAAUCAGUCAGCACUGUCCCACAGAGGCAUCACCCUGCUCGUGAAUGCCUGUGCCGAGUAUCCCUGCCCUAAGUACCAGGGGGUGGACUGCAUCUGCGUACCUGUAGAGGACCAACCUCACGCCCCUCUGGACCAGCACUUUGACAGUGUGGCCGAACGGAUCCAUCAGAACCGCAGUGGAAGCUCACUGGUGUUCUGCUCGGCAGGUAGAAGCAGGUCUCCUUCUCUGAUCAUGGCGUUUCUCAUGAGGUUUGAGGGAAUCUCACUUCUUCAGGCUCAUCAGCAGGUUCUGGUAGCUCGGCCUUUUAUCCGUCCAAACGCGGGAUUCUGGAGACAGCUGCUACGGUACGAGAAGAAACUAACUCAAAGAAACAGCAUCAAGAUGGUGGCCACCUCACAAGGUGUCCUACCAGAAACCAUACAGCCCAUAGGGGACUCAUUAUGCUGCCUUAAUGUAUAAUACAGGACGCGUUGAUGAGGUUUUGAACAGAAUAUAUGUUUUCAGAUCGAAAAGGGCUCAUGACUUUACCAUAUUUGUUUGUAUCAUUUGUUUAUCAUGUUGGCCAAAAGGUUUUUAAAGAAGGAAGCGACAAAGUUGCCUUUGGAGACAACAAAAUCUCAUUGGCCAUACAGUAUGUAUUUAAAUGAUUGACUUUGUCUAAACUCUGUGUCAUUAAUCUUCCUCUAGCAUCAAGAUUUUUUCUCGAUUGAUGUUAAACUCUUGUCAUUGUGUUUUGUGUUUUUUAAUCAAAAACUGCAGUUUCUUGCCACGUUUUCAAAUGCUUUAUUUAGUGCAACAUCUGCCUUGCCACUGGGUUCAUACACAUUUAAACAAAUCCAGUCAUUUCUCCUCUAUUAUAUCC